CGCCGAUCGCGGUGGUGAAGCUUAAAAUUUCCAAGGGAAAGAAAGUCAAGAUUUGGAGAAUUGGUCUCUCACGGGCUGUUGUGAAAGUCUACUUGCUAUUUUCGGACAGAGUCAUACAGUAAAUACACAGAAUGAGCUCCUCACAACUCGCACCCCGGUGGGCCGCCUUUGCGCGCGACACCAACGAGACCAAGAUUCAGAUUGCGCUCAACCUCGACGGCGGCGCAUUCCCGCCAGAUACGGACGCCCGUCUGCAAGUAGGCGGCGCCGACGACCACGCCGCUCAGGCAAGCAAGUCACAAACCAUCAGCGUCAACACGGGCAUUGGCUUCCUUGACCACAUGCUGCACGCCCUGGCCAAGCAUGCGGGCUGGAGUCUGGCGCUCGCCUGCAAGGGUGAUCUGCACAUCGACGAUCACCACACCGCCGAAGACGUGUGCAUCUCGCUCGGGUACGCCUUCGCGCGGGCGCUGGGCACGCCGACGGGGCUGGCGCGGUUCGGGUACGCGUACGCGCCGCUGGACGAGGCGCUCAGCCGGGCGGUGGUGGACCUGUCGAACCGGCCCUUCUGCGUCGCGGACCUGGGCCUCAAGCGCGAGAAGAUCGGCGACCUCAGCACCGAGAUGAUCCCGCACUGCCUGCAGAGCUUCGCCGGCGCCGCCCGCAUCACCCUGCACGUCGACUGCCUGCGCGGCGACAACGACCAUCACCGCGCCGAGAGCGCCUUCAAGGCCCUUGCCGUUGCCGUUCGGCAGGCGACGAGCCGCGUUGCCGGGCGGGAGGGGGAGGUGCCGAGUACGAAGGGGACUUUGAGUGUAUAAGGGUAGGGUUUGGAUGGUUUUGUUGAAGAUCAGGGUGAACUACGGGGUAGUACUAUCAGGAUCUGUUUAGACUUCAGAACCAUAGUUCAAGCGAUGCUGAAAUUAUUGAGGGGGCGGUCGACAUGUAGAGUCUUUUGAGCAUGAGAGCGAAACAAAGAAUAGAGAGAAAUAUCAAAUACAUUUAUUAGCUCACUGGCAUGUCUUGUUGCUCCAACCUAGAUGCAUACUGUGGGAUCUGACGGCACGGACCCUGAUCAUAAACC